AUGAAACUCCUAGCUUUCACUGCCCUCGUCGGUCUCUCUCUUUCUACCGCUGCCGCGGAUCCCUCGUCGCCAUUAGGUGCAGCGCCCAUCCCACUGCCCUCGCUGGCCGAUGAUUUCGUACCACAAGCCGGCGAAGAUGCAACUGUAGUCGAGGCAAUCCGAAACACCCUCGCACUAUACCCGUUUGCCAUUGACGGAAAGAACUUCGACGCCCUGGGCAAGGUCUUUGCCCAAAAUGCCGUCGCCAACUACUCGGCACCUCUCAAUGUUCUGACCCCACUGUCUAACAUCGAGUCGGCACUCGCCGCCAGCCUGGAGUGUGUUACGACACAGCAUCUAUUUGGCACCCAGCUGAUUGAUUUGGUCUCGCCUACGGUCGCCGAGUCUGUAACCUACUACCGCGCUGCACAUUUCGGCACCGGACAAGCUACCGGCCAAGUUGUGUAUGCCUAUGGCCAGUACCAGGAUAUAUGGCAUCGGCAGUCAGAUCAGACGUGGCGCAUUGCGCACCGGAAUCUGGUUUAUAUGGUAUGCUUGCGAUAA